AAUAAUACUAGGAGUAUAGCAAAAUUCCCUGCAAUUUUAAGUCAAAAAAGCUUUCUCUAUAUAAAUAUUUUUAAGACAAUUCGAAAACUAAAAAUGCCCUCAAAAAGGACCAUAAAUGACAUUAUUUGUGCAAUUUGUGGAGAUAAAAAUUCUAUUAACCAUUAUGGAGUGAUCUCAUGUCGGGCGUGUGGAGCUUUCUUUAGACGAAUGGCUAUUCAUAAUGUAGAUUACAAAUGUAAAUGCCAUAAAUAUGAUUGGAAGGAAUUCAGAUGUAAAAGAUGCCGAUUUGAACAUUGUUUGGCAAAGGGGAUGAAAAAAGAAUGUGGGUAAUUUUGAAAUUUUGCUUUUUUUAAAUUUUAAUGCCAUACUUCCAAAUAAAGAAUAGAAUUUGUAACAAUUUAUUUUUAAUCUGUCAACA